AUGUAUGGGUACCUUGACUCCAACUACCUGGCGACCGGUUAUGUUACAACAAAAACUGAUGUUUAUAGCUUUGGUGUGCUUUUACUUGUAUUCUUGAUGCGACGAGAAGCUGUGGAUAGAAACUCAGGACAUGAGGAACUUACUAAAGAUCCGAAACUUAAUGUUUCUGAUGGACAGAUUCAAAUAGAGACAAUUGCGGACCGUAAAAUCCUUGAGGAAGUCAGGGGAGAUGAGCAAGCACAACAGCAACUGAAGGAUUUCCUAGCACUGGUAUUGUUGUGCAUCCAACUCAAAACUGAAGCAGGGCCAGAUAUGAUUGAUGUGGCCAAAGAACUCGUACGAAUUGAAAAGUCUAUCUUGCCUUAG